AUGAAUCCAUUACUUCGACAAGUCUUUUCCUUCAUAAUAUCCUCCUUUCAAGCAAUAUGGUAUCCUUUCAAGACUGUAUUUGGUUCAGUAUUCAAGGCCUUGUAUGAUUCGACAUCCGGAACGAGCGAUACGGAAGCGCUGAACAUAUGUUCAAUACCUCAUUCAAAAGCUAACGGCUCGAUUGUAAAUGGAUGCGAUCUAAAUGCUACCUCCCAUAUAGAGAUUGUCGAAGUGCGGCGGUAUUACCCUCCAGGGGUUUCAGAGAUCAUCGGUCGCGGCGGCGAGUGCUUCAUCGGUGCCAUCGAUGAUUUGACUGUUAUGAAAUACCCGUGUAUCCCCGGAAACUUUGAAAGCAUUCAUACAGAGGCCCAUCUUCUUAGGAUCCUUGGGACUCAUCCCCGAAUCAUCGCGUCGAAGGGCCUGACGGAACAUGGCCUUCUUCUGCAACGUGCCUCGAACGGUUCGCUGAGCGACUACAUUGCAUCUCAAUCAUUUAUACCUCUUAGCCAGAAAUUGCUCUGGUGCAAACAAGCCGCUGAAGCAGCCAGUUACAUACAUACGAAACAUGUCAUUCACUGUGACAUAAACCUUCGAAAUUUUCUGCUUGACAAGAAUUUUGAUCUCCUGCUGGCAGACUUCCAAGGGAUGCUGAAAUCAGCUGAUGGGGAAAUAUUACUGGAUGGCCUGUCUCGAGAGUGUUCGAAGUCAUACAUGCCUCGUUCCCAUGGUGACUAUGCAUGUGUGCGGACUGAUCUCUUUGCUCUUGGUUCUGCUAUCUACUUCAUCAUGACUGGACACGAGGUUUUCCCAGAGCUUGACAGCCUUACGCAGGAUGAAGAAAUAUCGUCUCGCUUCGAAAAUGGGGUAUUCCCAACUGACAACCAUCUUUGCUGUCAUAUUACGGAGAAAUGCUGGAGGCAGCAGUACAAGUCGGCAGAUGAAAUUGUUUCUGAUUUAUAUCUAAUCCAAGCGUCCGAGGCGGUUUCUGAAUAG